UAAAUUAGGAAUAUUCAUUUUAAAAAUACUAAGUUCUACGUUUGCUUGAGCGACUGAAUAAGGAAGCAAAAGAAAAGAUUGAAAAAAACCCUCGGCAGCGAGAUUAUAUAUUUUAUAAAUUAACCGGAAAAUCUUAUGAAAGAAGUCGCGUUCGUGGAAAAAUUUCAACCAGGAAUAUUGACGUUAGCUCAAAUCUAUCUUGAGUUCCCAUAGCAACGUGACGUUCAACUGUCACAAGUCUAUUGCUCUUUUGUUGACUUACGGAUUCAAGAGAAGAGAAAAAAGGUUGAGAGAUGAGAGUACGACGUGAUGGAGAUUGAACAAAAUGAUGUCUCAAUUUCACUGGAGAAUUCAACGAGAGAGCUUACUCCUCCAAAGGUAAAAGAGAGUGAACCCGAAGCCGAAGUCAUUGAUGUCGAGAACAGGUCGUGUUUUAUUCUUACACAGAAAAGCUUCCCGCGAAAAUGUUUCAUUCGAAUAUUCAAAAAUCCGUGGUUCGAGCGCGUCAGCCUGUUCGUCAUCUUCGUCAACUGCGUCACACUGGCCAUGUACGACCCUUAUGACAGACACUGUCAACAGCUGCGCUGUACAGUACUCGAGAUUCUAGAACACUUUAUCUUCGCCUUUUUCUUCCUGGAAAUGGUUAUCAAGAUGAUUGCAAUGGGAGUCCUAGGGAAGAAAGGUUACAUGCAAGAUUCCUGGAACAGACUAGACUUUGUUAUAAUUAUCGUAGGAAUCGUAGAAAAGUUAAUGAAGGGAAGUGAUUAUCUAACGAUCAUCCGGGCCUUUCGAGUCCUUCGUCCUCUACGAGCCAUCAAUAAAGUACCAAAUAUUCGUAUACUAGUCACUCUCCUAUUGGACACGUUACCAAUGUUAGGUAAUGUUCUUCUCCUGACGUUUUUCAUCUUCUUUGUGUUUGGAAUAAUCGGUGUUCAGCUGUGGCAAGGAAAACUUAGAAACAGAUGUUUUGCGGAUCUGCCAGAGAACAGUACAAUAUUGCUCGACUUCAAUAAAUCUCUGUUCUACAAACCAAGUUUUGAGAAGCCAGAUUUUCUCUGUUCCCUUCCAAAAGACUAUGGCAUGACGAAAUGCCCUUCUGACGUACCUUCAUCAUAUCAGAGCAAAAUGCUUUGCACCCAGUCCCCCUAUGACCAGUUAAACCGUGCACAAAACAGCAGCCAGUGUGUGGACUGGAAUCGAAUCUAUAGCGUGUGCAAAGCAGAUGGGCCCAAUCCUUUUCAUGGGGCGGCGUCUUUUGAUAAUAUAGCUAUUGCUUGGAUUGCAAUAUUUCAGGUGAUCACACUUGAGGGAUGGUCAGAGCUCAUGUACCUGGUACAAGACUCGCAUAGUUUGUGGAACUGGAUUUACUUCAUCAUUCUAGUCGUGAUUGGAUCGUUCUUCCUGGUCAACCUGUGCCUGGUCGUUAUCACGAUGCAAUUCCAGGAAACAAAAGCCCGCGAAAUCGAAUUGAUCGAAGAGAGCCGCAAACGUCAAGGUGUGAACAUCUCAAGCAUGCAAACCUACUCGUGCCUCCAAACCGUUAAAAACUACAUCCGUUCCAAACGGGCUGUCAAGAAAGAAGACGUUCAUCAUCAUCAUCAUCACUUCUACCAUCAUCAUCAUUUUCAUCAUCACCUUUAUGACUGCUACUCGCCUGCGUCACCGUUAUUUUUAACUCCUACCGAAACAAAGCCUGCGUUCUUUGCUGGUCAGCAGGAAGAACCAGCCAGAGUUCCUAGUAUAACAAUUGAGAGCGUUGAUAAUGAGAAUAGCAAUGAAGGGACAACAGGAGUUUCAACCAAGCCGUUUCUACUUCCUCCUGAACAGUUCAUACCAAGAAGGGAAUCAGAGGCUUCGCUUUUCGCGGGCGCCAUUUCUAUCCAUACUGAGGCCUCCUCCUCCGUCCAUGAUAAGGAAAUUCUAACAACUUCAAGUGUGACCUUGACAGUCCCAGGAUCCCAUUCUGCCGGCACGUUUGCCGCUGCUCAUGCUACUGCGUGCGCAACAUCUUCUUUACCGAUCAUUAAAGUCACUGAAGACGAUACUCUUGCUUCUGCUCAUGCGUCGGCUUCUGCAACCGCUGCUUUGAGUGCGGACAGAUUUCAGUCGCGACCACGAAGUUCUAGCGAAUCUUGCAGUAAACCAAAAAAGCGCCACGACUUCGACUUGAUUCCUUCACCGUCGAGUGCACGACGUUAUCAACGACGUCAUAGCCAGCCAUUUGGUGAACAAGAAAUCGAGUUGUCAAAGCGCUCUCCCAUGAAUUCAAGAAAAUGGCUAGAUUUACAAGAAAUUGAAAUGAAGAAGCUAGAAAUCCAGACCAAUCAGCUUCAGAAAGAAUCAUCAUUUGUUAGAAAAAUUAGCAUAAAGCGCGGGAAAGAUGAAAAGCAUAAUUCGAAGAGUGAUGAUUCGAUAGCGUUGCUAGGAGACGGCGGGAUAGCGACAAAACAAGUGAUGUCAAGUGAUGCACAUCAACCAAAACCUUUGGAAUGUCACGAUAAUAAUAACGUCGAGGAUGUYGAUGAAAUGAAAAGCAUUGAUAAUAAAGUAUAUAAGAAAUCAACCGCUUCUGAAGACUUGCAUGCCGGACUCCCACAAAAGGACGACGAUAUGUACGACAGUAUGUUUGACCUGCACCAGUGCGACUCGUACGACGUCGAGCAAAACAAUGGAUUGUGCUAUCGCUUUCGUAACUUCUGCAGAAAAAUUGCUGAGAGUAGACACUUCAUACAUUUCAUUAUGACGUCCAUACUGCUGAAUAUGGUCUGCAUGGGUAUGGAACACCAUAACCAGCCCGAAGGACUAACGAAAGCUCUUGACAAGUUUAAUAUCCUCUUUGUAACGAUCUUCUCGGUGGAGAUGGCCAUAAACCUUCUUGCUUAUGGCAUAACAGAAUAUCUUAACCAACUACUCAAUGUUUUUGAUGGAUUUGUUGUCAUAGUCAGUAUCACAGAGCUUCUAGUUGAAAGUGGCCAAACCAAGCUGUCCGUAUUUCGUAGCAUUCGAUUGCUUCGUAUCUUCAAGCUCGUUCGUCCCGUGCGUUACCAGCUGUUGAUAGUCAUUCGCACCAUGAACAGUGUCAUCACAUUCUUUGGUCUUUUAUUCCUGUUCAUGUUCGCCUUUUCGAUCCUUGGGAUGAACUUGUUUGGUGGAAAGUUCGUUUUUCGUAACGCGGAGAAUGAACCUAUGGUGACAAGAUCGAAUUUUGACAGUUUUCUUUGGGCUAUGGUCACUGUUUUCCAGAUUCUUACUCAGGAGAAUUGGAACCUCGUGAUGUAUGAUGGGAUGCGUGCUAUUAAUAACUGGGCUGCGCUCUAYUUCAUCGCACUCAUGCUUAUUGGUUAUUAUGUGUUGUUCAACCUUCUGGUUGCAAUUCUCGUAGAGGGUUUCACCAGUACUGGGAAUAGAAAUGGCUCACUACACGAGGAAAUCCGUAUUCAAAGUGUUGCGCCGACCCCCUCUAGCUCGGUCAGUCGAGAUGAAAAUGCAGAUAAAAAAUUACGCUGCGACUUGACACCUCCAAAACCUUCAAUUCUCAUUAACGGUGUAGCAGAAUGGGACGAAAACGGUUGCACAAGUAAACCGGCAUCAAGUGACCAACACUACUGCUAUCAUGCUGUCCGCAAUGCAUUCCGCUCGAAUCCAGUAAUAGCGCCAAGCGAAAAAUCUGUCAAAAGAAAAUCUUUGAAGAAACGUUUACAAGAAAGAAUCUCACGCGUCAGUACUUCAGCCACGUCUUUUUCCGAUGUCGAGGGCCUUGAUGGUUUUCUCACCAUGCCGGAGCUGAAGAAGAAGCGACAGACAUCAGUUGCGCUAUUGCGAAAGACGCGUACGAAGCAUCGUCCUUCGAACGCAAACCUGUGUAUAUUUAACCCUGCAUUUGCAAUAGAUGAUGAGGUAAAGAACGACAUGGCGGAAAAAGUUGUCAAGGGUAACAACAAAACAUUUUAUUUUCACAGAAAACUGUCGCGCAAAACAAGCAACGAUGUUCCUCGCGAUAAAAAGACACUAAAAGAAGGCUGUGAUUUGAAUGGGAAGUCCCCAAAUGAUGUCAGAAAGACGGGUCAGACAACCCUAGCGGAGGCUCCUUUGGCUGAUAUUCGAACCGAAAUGCCACCGGAUAUUGACCUUUCAUCAGGAGAAUACGAACGAAGGGACAUGCUGGGGGAAAGCGUGACGCCAACCCAAGGUGAUGUGUCCUAUUCUAACUUAGAAAUACGCGCAGAGCCAAGCUUGACCCAAGAGGAUGAAACUUGUAAUAUAACAGAAAUAAGCCAUCAAGAAAGGAAAGUAUAUUUAGAGGAGUCAGUUUCGACUACCAAAGGUCGUUUUGGAACCAGAAGCAGCUUUUCGCUUUACUUAUUCUCACCUCAGAACAGAUUUCGUGUUGCCAUGGUUACCGUGUGUGACCACAAGAUAUUUGAUUACGUCAUUCUGGUGUUUAUUCUGUUGAGCUGUGGCGUGUUAGCCAUGGAGGGGCCAGAUGUGGACCAAGAUCCCCGCAAGAGACAGAUAAUCGACAUAUCAAUGUUCGUGUUCACUAUCAUAUUUACCAUCGAGAUGAUCAUGAAGAUAAUCGCAAUGGGAUUCGUACUUGGUCCAGAUACGUACCUUAAGCUUGGCUGGAACGUACUGGAUUUCGUACUAGUACUGAUGUCCUGGUUAGAUGUGAUCAUUACCCACGUACCAGACGCAUCAGUAGAUAUCCUCGGUUCUCUAAAGGUGUUCAGAGCACUUAGGACAUUGAGGCCUUUACGGAUGAUUCAUCGAGCUCCUGGACUCAAGCUUGUCGUUCAGACUCUGUUGUAUUCCCUACAACCAAUUGGCAACACUGUUCUUAUUGCCGGAGUAUUUUACGUCAUGUUUGGCAUCUUGGGAGUACAGCUGUUUAAGGGGCAGUUCUAUUACUGUGAAGGAGACAGAUACGUGAUCAAUCGUGCACAGUGUUUAAACAGUACUCGUGGACAUUGGGUCAAUCGACGCUACAAUUUUGACAAUCUACUACAGGCUCUAAUUUCUUUAUUUAUUGUAUCGACACGUGAUGGAUGGAUCCAAGUGAUGCAUCAUGGGAUUGAUGCAGUCGGUGUUGAUAUGCAGCCUGUAGUUAACUAUGCUGAGUGGUGUCUCAUUUACUUCAUUCCUUUCCUACUUCUUGGCGGAUUCCUUGUUCUCAACAUGAUCGUUGGAGUCGUGGUAGAGAAUUUUCAGCGGUGCAGAGCGAAACUAGACGAAGAAGAGCGGAAAUAUCAAAAUAUGGAAAAGGAUAGAAAAGCAAAGAAGAAAGCUCAUGAGCGGCAAACCUCGGGGGUGGCCAAGUGGUCCAUACUUUGUGACUUUAACAACUGGCCGAUUAAUAGAGUGGAUGAUGAUCAGUAUUAUGCGGAGUUCAACGUGGUUCGUAGACGUAUUCACAAUUUGUGUAUUCACCAGUAUUGGGAUAUCACUAUUGCAAUAAUUAUCUGCCUGAAUGUGAUAUGUAUGUCCCUGGAGCAUUAUAACAUGUCUAAGGAUUUCUAUGUUUUUGUCGAGACUACAAAUUAUUUUUUCACGGCUGUCUUUGCAUUGGAAGUGGUGUUGAAGGGUAUUGCGCUAGGACCAGUCAGAUACGUCAAAGAUAGGUGGAACAUUGUGGACUUGAUUAUCGUCAUACUGUCAGUGUUAGGAAUAUUGUUGACAGACCUCGUGAAUAAAGACCUGCCAAUAAACCCUACUGUUAUAAGGACCCUGAGGGUACUAAGAAUAGUCAGAGUUUUAAAGCUUGUGAAACUAGCUAAAGGAGUUCGGUCUCUUCUGGACACGCUGUUUGAGGCCCUACCACAGGUUGCAAACCUCGGUCUCUUAUUUCUUUUGCUGUUUUUUAUUUAUUCCUGUCUCGGAAUUCAGCUCUUCGGUUCGCUUGAGUGUUCCCAUGACUACCCCUGUGAGGGACUGGGUCGUCAUGCUAACUUUCAUGACCUUGGUUCCGCCAUGUUGACUUUGUUCAGGAUCGCUACAGGGGAUAACUGGAACGGAAUCCUUAAGGACACACUGCGAUCCAAGUGCGACGGUUCAGCGGACUGCCGUAAAAACUGCUGCAUCACUAAAUACACAGCACCGCUUUACUUCGUUACCUUCGUACUGUCGGCUCAGUUUGUUCUCGUCAAUGUCGUCAUAGCCGUUCUCAUGAAGCACUUGAAAGAAUCCAAAGAAAAGUUAGCGGCCACGUUAGCAGCUAAGGACUUGGAGAAAAAACUUAAAGUUUUGACUUUAGUGGCGAGGAAUUUCAUCCGUGCCAAAGCGUCACGCAAACCAUCCACGCCCAUCACAAGAAGAAGGUCUGUUGUAGAGCUUGGUUUAGGAGGGAUAGAAUUAGCACAACUGAAGAAGCACAAUAAAGAUGGCAUAGAUGAAUCCUUCUAUCAAGAGAAAACAAGUCGUCAAGUCAGUCGUAACAGCCGUAAGGCGAGACACAGUCAAAGACAUUAUGAAUGACAACGAACAGCUAAAAGAAGUUAAUGCAAAAAAGUUUUCAAAGCUAACGAUGGAGAAGAAAAGAAGAGCUAGAAUAAAUGCAAGCCUUAAGGAAAUCAGAAAAUUGCUGCGAGAUUCAGGAAAAUUGGACGAAUUCCAAUAUUCUCGAAUGGAAAAAGCUGAAGUUCUAGAAGCAGCGGUUUUUCAUCUGAGAGAGAAACGUUACCACGCAUGUCAGAUAUUAAAUCUUCGUCAUCAUGGUUACAACGCAUGCGCAGAAUCGAUUUUUGCAUCGUUUAGCAACGGUUUACAGCUGUGAGAGUCCAGUAUACCAGAGAGUAAAAAUUUUUCUCCAAGACCGCUGUACAAAGGGACUGUUGCCAUCACAACUCACAAAUUCAGCCAAUAAGAUGUCAUUGUUUAUAACCAAUCAGGAACCAAGCUGCUCCACUGUAUCCAAUUAUCCCUCAUCUACAAAAGAUAUUACAAUUCCUUCGCACACCAAUCGUGAUACAGCAUCACCUGUUGCUCCUGGUAACACUGUUCCUAUUCAUUCACUAGACUAUAAUAGGCAAUCAUCAUUCCCAAAAGUGAAUCCUAUCUGGAGGCCGUGGUAAAAGAUUAAGGAUGAUUAUUAAUUAACAAAAUGGCAGCCAUCAAUGUUGUUUUUGUGAUAUAGCCGAUAGCUAGUUCAAUUGAGGGGGAAUUCAAUGUCACACUGUUCGUCACUGGUUACCCGUAAACAAUUGGAAUGGAAUGUUGUGCUUGAGUAAGCAGCCAAUAGUUUGGAGGAAGUUUAGGACUGAAGCUAAGAACGGCUGCAAAUGAGACUAAGAAACACCACACUGUUAAAAACACAACUAUUUAUUGUUGUUU